AUGGGGAUUUGCCAGGGCAGCCUUCCAGAAUCCACCAAGCCCUUGAAACGUGAACUACAAGAGAAGCUGCAGAGUUCCAUCAUCAUUUUUAUGGUAGGCGGUCCAGGUUGCGGCAAGCAUAUACAUGGUCACAGGCUCGCCAGCAAGUAUGAUUUCUACCACGUUGGCAUCGGAGAGCUGCUGCGAGCGGAAGCCAGCAGGCCUACCCGGAAAGGCAAGACCAUUAGGGACAUCCUACUGAAAGGGGCUCUGGUGCCCUCGGGCUACAUCUUGAAACUGCUUACUGACAACAUGCUAAAAGCCGAAAACGUCAAAGGAUUCUUUGUUGAAGGCUUCCCCCGGGAAAUCCAUCAGGCCAAGCUAUUUGAGAAAGUGGUGGGGCGUGCACCCAACAUUGUGAUAGUGCUUGACUGCUCAACGGAGACUAUGGUCCAGCGACUGCUGAUCCGAAGCCAGAUGGGCGAGAGGGUGGACGACCAUGAUCAAAUCAUCCGGCACCGGCUUGAGACUUACUAUACACUGUGUGAGCCCGUCUUCGCCCACUACCUACAGAAAAGCCUACUUCGGCAUAUCCUUGGGGAAGAACCACCAGACACCAUUUUUACCAAAUCCUGCAGUGUAGUCGAUGAAGUGAUAAAGGCAGCUACCACGACAUGAAGUGCAAAGCU